CUCCUACUUGCACGCCGCUCGACGCUGCUGUUGCACUGGCCGCAUCUCGGACGAUAAAUGAGCCUGCACGAAUCGCACAUGGAUCGCAGCAUCACCCCAGUUAAGCUGAGCCGGCCUGGCUCGAUGGCUGCUGACGAGGAGAGCGGGGGCAUCGAUCCUCGAAUUGAACAUUCGGCAACGCUCAAGAUGGAUCUCGUUAUAAUACCUCUCGUCGGGAUGUACUAUUUGUUGUCUUUCUUAGAUCGCGCGAACAUCGGAAAUGCAAAAAUUGCGGGUCUAACGAAAGACCUCAAGAUGUCGAACACCCAAUUCUCCACGGCACUCACUAUCACUUAUGUACCGUACAUUCUGAUGGAGCUGCCCAUGAAUCUUGCUAUGAAGCGCUACGGAGCUAACGUCACUCUUCCGGCGAUGGUCACACUUUGGGGAAUGGUUUGUGCUUGCCAGGGUGCCGUAAAGUCAUAUGGCGGGCUUCUCGCUUGCCGAUUCUUCUUGGGCGCUCUUGAGGGCGGCCUCUUCCCUGGAAUUGUGCUGUACUUGUCCUCUUUCUACAAGCGACAUUCGCUCCAGAUGCGCUUUGCGAUGAUGUUCAGUGUGACCUCUCUCGCCGGCGCAUUUUCAGGCCUCCUUGCAGCCGCCAUUCAAAAUAUGCAUGGUAUUCGUGGUCUUCCUGGCUGGGCGUGGAUCUUUGUAUUAGAGGGCCUGUUCACAACCGUCUUCGGUAUCGUGAGCUGGUUCUUCAUACCGGCUACGCCCGCAGAUGUUCCCUUCCUCACUCAGGCUGAGAAAGAUACGUACGUCCGUGCGCUUGUUCAAGAUUGGAGCGGCGACACGGACGCAGAUGGGCAGGCGACGGAGGUAUUCAGCUGGAGUGAGGUGUGGAGCACGUUUACGGACGCGCCUCAUGUGCUGUUGCUUUGUUUGCCCCUCUUCUUUAGCGGCGUCACACUCUAUGGGAUGGCAAACUUUACGCCAACAAUAGUGAACGCCCUUGGAUUCUCAGCAACUCGGACACAGUUGAUGACUGUACCGCCAUAUGCUUGCUCGUUCGUCGUUAGCAUCGUCUGCUCAUACUUCUCAGACUUGUACAAGAUGCGGGGUCCCAUGGCUAUUUUUGUUAGUAUCAUAGCGGCCGCUGGCUACGCGAUAUUCAUCGGUACGACGAACAAACACGCCGACUACGCAGCCCUCUUCUUGCAGAUAAUCGGCGUCUACUCCGUUGCACCCUGUUUGAGCACCUGGAACGCUAAUAACGUCCAGCCGCAUUACCGUCGUGCGACGGCCGUCGCCAUGGCCUUCAUCGCCACCAACACAGGCGGCAUCGUGUCCACCUGGAUUUUCCUGGAUCCCCCGCGCUUCCACAUCGCAUGUUCGAUCGACCUCGCGUUCUCCCUUGGCAUCGCAGCAUGCAGCGGACGAUGGAACCGCGCGAAGGCGCUUGCGGUGGAGGAGUUGCUGAGGGACAAGGGUGAUGGCAGGAAGCCAGGGGGCUGGGACUCGAUCGAGGAGAGGCAGCGGCUGGGCGACAGGCAUCCGAGAUUCGAGUACACCCUAUGA